AUGCUUCGAAACAUCCCCAACAAGGUUGACCAGGUCAUGCUCAAGCGUAUAAUUGAUGAGUCUAGUUGGGGGAAGUACGAUUUCAUGUAUUUGAGAAUUGAUUUCGCCAACGACUGCAAUGUUGGCUACGCAUUCAUCAACUUCGUUGAUCCUUUAGAUAUCAUCGAUUUUGUUGAUGCUCUGGGUAACCAGCGGUGGAACUGCUUCAAGAGCGACAAGGUGGCCGAGAUUUCCUACGCAACUAUCCAGGGCAAAGAUUGCCUCGUGCAAAAGUUUCGCAACAGCUCUGUCAUGCUCGAGGCACUCCAUUAUAGACCGAAGCUUUAUUACACAUCUAAUGGCCCACAGCCAGAGCUCGCAGGCCAAGAAGAGACGUUUCCCGAGCCGGACAAUCAAUCAAAGAUGAAAAGGAGUUGCGAAAAUGCCGAACACGUUGGUCUUUUUACACCAAAUGCUGGUCAGCAUUUCCGUGAUGAACAGCGACGAAGACGCUCCCAGUACGAUCGUGGGACUCGGCUUGCGGCCCUUGAGGAGUAUGACUAUGAACCGUCGACUCAACAUAUUUAUGCGCCGUCCAGUCAGUGA